UUUAAUUUAUAUAAUAUUAAGGGUAUUCGUUUAAACGUGUAAUGUUACCCAUCGCAUAAAUUUAUGCAAAUACGCAGUGUGUUACAUGAACGCACUUCAAAUUCUUUGUGUAAAUGCCACUUAUUUAUGUAUUAAACAGCUGUUUGGGUGUCAAAAUAUUAAAAUGCCGAAAGUUAGCGAAAAAGCAAAAUUUAUUCAACUUUGCGAAAAAUCACUAGUAUUUGAUUUGUUAAUGUUGGAGCUGUUUGGAAAACAUGACGAAAUCCAACGCAAAAAGGAAGAUGAAAUUAUGGAAGACUUUAGCUUUGCAUUGGCAGCUGCUGCAUAUUUUAGAUAUGGAUCUACAUUUGUUCAUCAUUCUGUCCCAAAAUCACCCAACUUUUUAAUAGAUGUAUUACCGCAUUUGGAUGAAAACAGGUUUCGAGAAAUUGUGCGAGUCAGCAAAACCACAUUUGAUUUUAUCAUUGAUCUGAUAAAGGAUGACGAAGUGUUCAAUGGUCCACGUUCAUGUAAACAGUUUCCUAUCCAAAUUCAAUUGGCUGUAGUAAUGUACCGACUGGGUUCAUGUGGAGAAGGAGCAACAAUUACUAAAAUUGCUAGUUUGUUUGGUAUUAGCGAUGGUGGAGUAAUACAGGUCAUGACCAACAGGGUAUUUGAUGCAAUUAUUAAAAGGAAAACUCAGUUUCUGUUUUGGCCGGACCCUGUAGAGCGUAGAGCUUUAGUUGUUCAAACACUCAGUGAGCUACCACAUUGUGUUGGCUACGUAGAUGGAACGGAGAUAAAAUUGGCGGAAAAACCCACUGUAGAUUGCGAAGCAUAUUUUUCUCGCAAGCAUAUAUAUUCACUUAAGGCUCAAUGUGUGUGUGACCACAAACUAGUAAUUCGUCAUAUGGUAUUGGGGUAUCCCGGUAGUGUUCACGACGCUAGGAUAUACAACAAUUGCGAGCUAUCCACAAACGCCACUGAAAUGCUAACAGGAUCAGAGUGGUUAGCUGCAGACAGUGCAUAUAAAUUAACUUCGACCCUUAUUACUCCUUUUAGAAUAAACGCAACGGAAGGCACCUUGAAUCAACGAAUUCUGUUCAACAGAACGUUCAGCCAGUACCGAAUAAGAAUUGAGCAUUGCUUUGGUUUAUUGAAAGAACGUUUUAAUAGCUUGAAAGAACUCAAAAUUCAAAUAAAGAGUGAUAAUUCGGUAAAGUUUGCAUGCCGGUGGAUAUUAGUUUGUGCGAUAUUGCACAAUAUUAUAUUAAAAGAAAACGACGGUGGUUUUGAUGUUGACGAAGAAAGCAUUAGUGAAAACAGUGAAGUCGACGAGCCUGGGGAUCAAAACUUACCAACAGUUGAAGGUGCAUCUAAGCGCCUUUCAUUGUUAUCACUAAUGGAAACUUAAAAAUAAAGUAUUGAAACUCAUGUUUACAUAUCUUUAAAAUCCAUUAA